AUGCUGGCGGCUUGUUUCAGUGCAGCGAGAGGAGAUGGGCGGGAUCGUCACCGCAGAGCUCUGCUAGAACGGAACCAGUGGGACUGGGUGGUGAAUCCUCGUCACUUGCACAGUGCAGAACCUCCCCAUGUUGAUGAAAGCUCAGCUAAUAUAACUGUGGCAAGUUUAACUACACGGGUGGCAAACGAUGCCCCAGAAUACCAUGAUGCAUCAGAUGACCAGUCUUCUGAAGACUAUCCAGAGUCGGAAGAGGAUGACGACGAGUCAGCGGAGGAGGAGGAGGAUGAUGACGACGAUGAGGAUGACAACGACGAGUCGGAGGAGGAUGACGACACAACAUCCAACUUGACUAAAGCCCAGACCAACACCACAGACUACGAUGAGGAACCCAUAUCCAACAUGACCCAGACCAAUGCCACAAUGGCAACUACAAUUGCACAGAACACCUCAAUACCUGUAGAACCCAGACUGGGAAGAGGGAUGGCUGGUGUGAUGGAGGUGUAUGAUGACCUCGAAGACAUGGAUGAGGAUGACUAUCCUGGCGGUGGGGAUGAGGAUGGCAGCGAGGAGGAUGAGGAUGAUGAUGGUGGCAGCGAGGGAGAGGACGAUGGUGACGAAGCAGACUACGAUGAGGAAUCCAUAUCCAACAUGACCCAGACCAAUGCCACAAUGGCAACUACAAUUACACAGAACACUUCCAUAACUGUGGAACCCAGAAUGGGAAGAGGGAUGGGUGGCAUGGAGGCGUAUGAUGACAUGGAAUACAUGGAUGAGGAUGACUUUCCAGGCGGUGGGGAUGAGGAUGAUGGUGGCAGGGAUGGUGAGGAUGAUAAUGGCAGCGAGGAGGAUGAUAGCAGUGAGGAUGACGAUCUCAGCAGUGAGGGAGAGUAUGAUGGUGUGGCGGCAGUCUGCAUCAGCUUCCAGCCGCUCUUCGGUGCUUCCCGGCGGGCAGAGAGCAGCGCAGUGGACCGGAGCAUGGCGGCGGCUAACGGACGGAUGAUGAUGGCCUGGGUUUGGCCCGCUUUGGUGAUUCUAGCCCGGCUCAGCACGGCAGAGGAACGGCACCGGGACGCACACGGAGCUCUGGCCGGCUCGGAGCCGCCGAUGGAGAGCCGCAGCGGGGGAGGCUUCCUGCCGGUGCCGGUGUGGAAGUUUGUGAAAGACGGUGCGGACGCAUCAGACUUCGGCCGCCCGCAGUUUCUCUGCAGCGACACGUCGCUCUCUGUUCGCUUGUCGCUCAUCCGACACUCGGACCUGCGUCUGCAAGGCAGACUGCAGCUCAGCCCGAGACCUGAACCCAGCUCCUGUUCAACAGAGUCCAGGCUGAAGACGCAGCAGAUCGAGCUUUCAAGCGUCAACCACUGCCAAUUGGACAACCACAUACAGUGCCCCAACAACCACUCAUCUGACAACCACACCCAGCUUCUCCACAUCCAGAGCGUCAUCCAGUGCCCCAACAACCAGUCAUCUGACAACCACACCCAGCACCUCCAGAUCCAGAGCGUCAACGACUGCCGACUGGACAGCUGCAUCCAGUGCCCCACCAACCACUCAUCUGACAACCAUACCCAGCUCCUCCGCACCCACAGCAUCAACAACCACGGAUUCGACAACCACAUCCAAUGCUCCAGCAACCACUCGGCACACAAUCACACCCAGCGCAUCCACAACCACUCAGCACACAGCCACACCCAGGCAUCAACAAUCACAUCCAUCUCCUCCACAGCUACACGGCCAAUUGCCUCAUCCAGUGCCCCAACAAUCACUGAGCAGGAGGCAACAUCCAGUGCGUCAACAACCACUAAGGAGACAACCACACCCAGUGCAUCCUCAACCACUCGGCGGACAACCAAACCCAGCUCCUCCACAUCCACAACAUUUACGACAGAUUCGACAACCACAUCCAGUGUCCCAACAAUCACUCAGCACACAACCGCAUUCAGUGGAUCCACGACCACUCGGCAGACAACCACACUCAGCUCCUCCACAUCCAGGGCAUCAGCAACCACAUCCUCAAUGACCACAUCCAUCUUCUCCACAGCUUCCUCAUCCAGUGUCCCGACAACCACUCGGCACACAACCGCAUUCAGUGGAUCCACGCCCACUCGGCUGACAACCACACCAAGCUCCUCCACAUCCAGAGCGUCAUCCAGUGCCCCAACAACCAGUCAUCUGACAACUACACCCAGCUCCUCCACAUCCAGAGCGUCAACGACCGCCGACUGGACAGCUGCAUCCAGUGCCCCACCAACCAUUCAUCUGACAACCAUACCCAGCUCUUCCACACCCAGAGCAUCAACAAACACGGAUUCGACAACCACAUCCAAUGCCCCAACAACCACAAGGCACACAAUCACACCCAGCGCAUCCACGACCACUCAACACACAACCACACCCAGGGCAUCCACGACCACUCAGCAGACAACCACAGUCAGCAGAUCCACGACCACUCAGCAGACAACCACACCCAGCUCCUCCACAUCCAGAGCAUCGGCAACCACAUCCUCAAUAACCACAUCCAUCUCCUCCACAGCUUCCACAUUGACUGCCCCGACAACCACUCAGCAGACAACCACACCCAGCGCAUCCACGACCACUCAGCAGACAACCACACCCAGCGCAUCCACGACCACUCAGCAGACAACCACACCCAGCGCAUCCACGACCACUCAGCUGAAAAUCACACCUAGCUCCUCCAUUUCCACAACAUCAACCACCACCACAUCCUCAAUGACCACAUCCAUCUCUUCCACAGCUACACAGCCAAACACCUCAUCCAGUGUCCCGACCACCACUCUGCACACAACCACAUCCAGUGCAUCUAUGACCAGUCAGCUGACAACCAAACUGAGAUCCUCCACAUCCAGAGCAUCAAUGACUGCCGACUGGACAGCUGCAUCCAGUGCCCCAUCAACCACCACAUCCUCAAUGACCACAU